AUGGACGGUCUGUUCGUGGAUGCAUUGCCGGCCAUGGGGCCUGCGUACACCUUCUGGGACUUGCACCGCAUGUUGGCCGAUUGCUAUUCGGCAGAUGUUGCGGAGCAGAGGUGGCAGCCAGAGCAUUCGAGAUCCCGCCACUACAAUCGGCAACCGUCAGCCGGACCCGACGCCCAUGGAGUGAGAUUCGCAGACCUUCCACCCAGGCGAGACCUCUCUCGUCGCUCCAGCCAUAGCCAUCAUAGCCAGGAAAGGGCGGUCCCACCCACGGAUUGCCAUCCCAAUCCUCCGGAGGAGGCUUGUAGUACGCUGGCAAGGCUCCAGAAGGGGAGAACGAAAGACUCCUUGCACAAUCUGCUGAAUCUACAUGGAUUUGAGGCCGAUUCAAAGGAAUCAGAGGAGAUUGACAUGACCAACUUCCAGCUAAAGGCUCAUGCAUGUUGGCAAUCGGAUGUACAACUCAAGAAAGCUGGGACGACGACGCAGCGUUCGAGGAAAUCUGCCAGCAUAUCGGUGCUGAGCAGCAAUGCGUCGAUGCACAUCAGUUCUCCAGUGACAGAGGGCGACAUGCAACCGGCUGCAGGGUCGAGAUUCAUGUUGCAUCCGAGUGGCACAUUCCGAUCCUGCUGGAAUGUUUGGAUAGGCAUCUUAGUGCUCUACGAUCUCCUGGUCAUUCCACUGCUUGUCUUCACGCUGCCUUCAUGGGUAAACAACUUCUUGGGACUGCGAUCCCUGCAACUCUUCUGGAUUGCAGACUUUGUCAUAACGUUCUUCACUGGUUACUACAGCCGGGGUCUUCUGGUGCUUGAUCGAUGUAAAGUCGCCCAGCAGUACGCCCGAACUUGGAUGUGCUUCGAUCUUGGUCUGCUCUGUGUGGACUGGUUCAUUAACAUCCUCGACCUAUCCACGGCCGAGAGUCCGGAAACCUGGUCCCAGACGGUGCGCAUGCUACGUCUCCUUCGGCUCCUGCGGAUCCUCCGAGCAGUGAAGCUGCGCCGGGGGUUUCUGGCCGUUCAAGACUUGCUCCACUCCCAGGCGGCGAGCCUUUAUUUGAGCUUCUUCUUCAGCUUCUUUGAGCUUCUGAUACUCAACCACUGGGUGGCCUGCGCUUGGUUUGGGGUGCAUUGGCUGAAUAGCUCGGAGAACUGGGUGCUCGCAAGUGGCCUCGAUGACAGGGACGCGGUCUUCCAGUAUUUAAGCUGCCUGCUCUGGGCAUUUUGCCAGCUCGGUGUGGGCGAAAGUCCGCUCCUUCCCACCAAUAAAACAGAGAUGGUGCUGAACAGUGUCGUUGGAUUCCGGUCCCUCGUCACCUCAGCAACUCUCAUCAGCACCAUGAGCGGCCUCAUCGCUGGUUUGCGCAAGCUGAGGGAAGAUGAGAUUUCUGAGUUUCGCCUUUUGCGCAGAUAUCUGCAGCAGAACAACAUUCCGCACGCCCUGGGCCAGAAGGUGACGCAGUUUCUUCAGCACCAAUAUGCGGAGAGGCAGCACGAAAGGUCACUACAUAUGCAUGUGCCACUCCUGAGCCUCCUGUCUCGGCCGAUGUACCACGAGCUCCAGUUUGAGAGACAUCGCGUGGCACUCUCGAAGAUUGGCGUCGUUCGGGAACUCCUUGAGGGGGAUGAGGUGCAUUCUCUGCACACCUUGCAUCAGAUGGCUAGUGAAAGCCUCGUUCCCAUCCUCGCGGCCGCGGGUGAUUCGAUCUUCCUCAGCGGCCACGUCGCGAAAUCAUCGUUCCUAAUGAUGACUGGACGCUUGUGCUACUACCGCGACGACAGCUCCCAGAUCCUGGACGAUACGCGCUGGGUCGCGGAGAUGUGCCUAUGGGCACCGUGGGUGCAUAUGGGUGACUUGGAAGCGCAAGACACCUCGGAGCUCCUCAGUUUAGAUGCCGACGGCUUCUGCGCGACUCUGGGGCACAACUGGGAGACGCAGCGUGCUGCCAGCAGGUAUUCUCGUCGCUUCGUGGAGGCGGUGCAGAAGCAGCCCUUCUUGAGCGACAUCUUCGUUGAUGGGAACUCGAUCUUAGAUCCUACUCCCAAGCACGAGGAGGAGACCGGCGACGUUCUGAUGCCGUCAUCUUUCCGUCGCUUCCUGAAGAAGCAUCGAACGAAAGAGGGCGAAGGAGGGGUUUCGAAGAGCCAGGUCGUGCCGCUGCCUUGUGCCUUGGACAAAGAAGGUUGA